AGCACAGCAAAAGCUAUCAAGAGCUGAGUUAAUAGAAAAACGAAAACAAAUAAGUUUUGCUCCAUUUAUGCUUUGUGGUCCCUGCAGACAGACAGUAUACAAGUUGCCCUGCUGGGGCCCAUAGUGCAUAGCCCUAGGACCCAACCGGCGCUAAAGGAGGAUGAGAGGCAUCCACAAAGGCAACAACAGCGCCAACAGCUCUCAACUUAACCUCAAUGAGUGCUGUGCGGCAUGCAACGUAUGGCUACGGUGGCGGCUACGGUGGCGUAUGUGUAACAUGCGGAUGGCUUCUCGAAUUAUGCACUCGAAUCUGUGGAUAUUCAUUUGGCGUCGCAAACUCUCCUUUCUGCUAUUGGUGUCUGGCCUUGUGCUGCUGGGUCUCUGGACAUGGGCCAUACUCAUCGAUACGACCAACACGCCAGCGCUGUCAGUUCCCUCGGCGAACGCUGAGGCCAGAGAGCGACAGCAGCAGCAGCAGCAGCAGGCCACGGGAUACCAGCAGGUGCACAUCAUCCAGAAGCUAAUUGCCCAGGCCAAUCGCGUGCUGCGAGCCGAUCGCCUCAAGGACAACGCUGCCGGAGAGAAGGCGCCCACAGUACAGCGUUUGGGCAACGUGCGCUUCCUGCGUCCCACCCAGGCCAAGAAGGCACCGCUACCGCUGGCCGAGAGCUACCUGUUCGAGCAGGAACGCCUGAAGAUACUCGAACAGCAGCAGCGUCAACGCAACGCCGGUAUGGAGGAGCUGAACGCCAAUGCAGAGGACGAGCGCAUGCUCAGCUCGGCGGAGCGACAGACCCAGUAUGAGCACGAUCUGCAGCGCAUGGGUGUGCCCGUGGUGGCUGGCAUUGGCCCGGACGGGCCACGUGCCCCCAACGAGCGUCUCGUGCACCUGGAUCUGAAGGGUGCCCCGCCCAAGCUGAGUUUCCUCAAGCAACUGCUGCCCAUGCUGCGGGCGCUGGGUGCCACGGGUCUACUCAUCGAAUACGAGGAUAUGUUUCCCUUUACGGGCGCUCUGCAGCCGCUGGCCGCACACAAUGCCUACAAGGCAGAUGAAUUGCGGGACUUUCUGGAGUGCGCUGCCCUGCAUGGCUUGAGUGUGAUGCCGCUGCUGCAGACCUUCGGUCACAUGGAGUAUGUGCUCAAGCUGGAGGGAUUCGAGCAGCUGAGGGAGCUGCCGGAGAGUCCCCAAUCGAUUUGCCCCAGUCAGCCGCAGAGCAUGGCCCUGCUGGAGCAGAUGCUCACCCAGGUGAUCGAGCUGCAUUUACAGUGCAUUGGCAAGGCGACACCCUCGGCACCCGCACUGCCCAUCAAGUUCACGCACAUCCACAUCGGCUGCGACGAGGUGCAGCGCAUGGGCGAGUGCCAGACGUGCCGCCAGAGACUGCGCAGCGAGCUCUUCCUCUCGCACGUGAUCAGUCUGUCGCACUUUGUGCGUCGCCACUGGCCGCAUCUGGGCGUGGUCAUCUGGGACGAUCAGCUGCGUUCGAUGUCCGUCAGCGAGCUGCAGCAGUCGCAGAUCGGCAGCUAUGUGGAGCCCAUGGUGUGGGUGUAUGCCAGCGAUAUCUAUCGCUUCAUCCAGCCCCAGCUGUGGGACACCUAUGCGAAGGUCUUUUCCAGUGCCUGGGUGGCCUCAGCCUACAAGGGUGCCUUCGGGGAGAGCCUGCUGGUGCCGCCGCUGCAGCAUCAUCUGGAGAACAACAUACGCUGGCUGGCGGUCAUUGCCAAGGAGGGCGGACGCUUCGCCAAGGGACUGCGUGGCGUGGCCCUAACCGGCUGGCAGCGUUACGAUCACUUUGCCAUUCUGUGCGAACUGCUGCCGGUUGGCAUACCCAGCCUGAUGACAUCGCUGUCGACCGUCUCCAAGGGCUAUUUCAGCACCAAUCCCAGGGACAACGAUCUGCUGCGUGUGCUGCAGUGCGUCUUUCAGCCGGACAGCCGACGCUCGGGUCGUCCCUGGCUGGAGCUGCACACGAAUGCGCAUCACAGCCAACUGUUUGCUGUGUGCAACUAUCCCGGCCACAUGAUCCACAAGUAUGCCCUGCGGCUGUACGACAAACUGGCCGAGGUGGGGGCCUAUCUGCAGCAGACGCGCGAGCAGAGCGCCUGGCUCUCCGACUACAAUGUGCGGCACAACUUCAGCUCACCGCUGAGAGUUCACGAGCUGACGGCACGCACGCCCAUGCUGAUGGAGGAGCUGCGCGCCAUGGCCCGCGAGGCCCAGCAGCUGCUCUGGGAGGUGUACGAUGAGUAUACGGUGGCUGAAUUUGUGGAGCAGCACAUCUAUCCGACCAUCGAGGCGCUGCAACGGCAAUUGGCCAGCGGUGCGACACUCCUGCAACGGCGCACCUGGCCACAGCGGCCGCUGCCGUUGACCCUGAAGAUGCAGGAGGAUAUGGGCUUGGUCACAGAUCGCCAGCAGCCGCACUGAACCCA